AUGGAGUCCUCAUACAUCGCUGCUGUGUAUGACCACAAUUUAAUCACCAACCCAGACCCUCGUGUCCCGGUGUCGCGGCAGGCUGCCCUUCAACACAUGCAGAAAAACGUUGAUAUCUACGAAGUGCAGGCUGCACGAGCCACUCAAUAGGUAUGAUUUAUUGGAAAGUUAUAAAUGCAUCAGCAAAUGCAUCAACACAUGAAUUCUUAAUUUCAUUAUCUUCUAGGUCUGAUGGCCUGCUGGUGGCACGCUACCAUAAAUACAAUCCUUUCCCUGAGGAGUCCUUUGACACUCCACCACAGCCUGAGAUCAUCACAUUUGAUACUCCUUUUGCUGGAAAAUUUGGCCUGCUAAUAUGCCUUGACAUCCUAUUUUACAAGCCCACUAUAGCACUGGUGGAAAAGGUAAAACCACUCACAAUUGUGUAUUUAGCUCUAUGUCCCUGUGUCGGAUCUCUUUUUUUAAAGCAGACUCUCUUCCCGCUCUUUUUAGGGUGUUCGUCAGCUGAUCUUCCCUACAGCUUGGUUCGGACCUUGGUUUUCGCCAUGAUAAUAAGAACAUGGCUGGGAGUGGUAUCUACACACCUUUUUCAUCCAUCUACCAUCACUCAAAGAGGGGAGACCCAGAGGAGGGCAAGCUGCUGGUGGCCAGGGUGCCAGUCUUAGACCCAGAGUGGUCAGGGCAGAGGGUGGCCACAGAGGAGGAGAAAUUGGAGUCUGAGUCCACUUCAUCCCCUGUUACAGAAUCUGGAUUCUGUCACAGUGAGAGCUGCUCUGAUGCAUCAUCAGCCACAUUCACAUCAUUCAUGAUUGGUGACCCGUUCACAUUUGUCCUCCUAAAUGAAAAAGAGGGUAGGGUGAAGGUGUGCAAUGGCUCCUUUUACUGUCACCUGCAGUACAAGCGAAUUUCACAGGGUGACAGUGAGGAGCUGUAUGCAUUUGGUGCGUUUGCUGGGCUGCACACUUUGGAUGGAGACCUAUCCCUGCAGGUAUGAACUAAAGGGUUUAUGGAUAUAGACACUGUCCUUUACAACAUGUCUCACCUGUAUCCUUCCUUCUGCAGGUGUGUGCACUCAUCCGUUGUGCAGGGUCGGACCCAAGCUCCUGUGGACAGGGAGUAGAAGAAGCUGAGACCAAAAUGGACUUGUGA